AAUAUACUGUUGCCUUUUCUGCGACCUUCCAGAAGUACAUUUGCCGUGCUGCCUUUCCCGCCAACUUGAUCAUUGGGCUACAUAUAACACAUUGCAGGUCCCGGCUAGCAAGUUCCUAGCAUCACUUGGUAAGUCCCCAUGCAUGGCCACCCUAUUCAACCGCCAGCUGGUAAUACCUGUCGAGAACUUUAUGUUCUCGUACUCUCUGGUUGUGUGGGACAUAUUUAUAUAUUCCAUCACUGCACGGGCCAUGUCCACUGAUUGGACAUCCGCCUCGAAUCUCAACAGUACCCAAGUCCCACACGGGAAAACCUAUAGGCCGUUCACCCUCAUCAUCAGUAAUGCCGCCAGCGUGACCUUCGCCUUCGACCACCACCGAAGAGAGCAUGCUUUGCUUUGCCCGUGUCACACGGCGCUUGUUAAACUAUCCGGCUCAAGCCAAGCUCAAGAUGAAGGCUAUCCAUUUCCUCCGGCCACAACUUUUUGGCAAAUGUCCGGUUCAUCGAUUUCGCCGUCAACACGAGAUUCACUGUGGGGCGCGUUACGUAGUCGUCGCCAACUUGUGGUAGGUCCUCAUAGAUACGAGAGAUUUGACUGUGGAUAGAUGUGUCCAAUGACUCGGAAAGUGAGCAAGAACUCGACCAGAAGUCGGUCGUUCAGGAUAUCGUCAUGCAGGCGGAUCAACUUUGCUACAAAAAAUUCAUUAAGAGCUCAACGUCACAUCGGGGGAACAUCCAUU